AUGGCGGCAGCGGAGUGCUGGUGCUGGCCGCUGCCGGCGUGGCUGGGCUCCGGCGCGACGUGGUUCGUCCUCCUGAACGUCGUCGUGGGCGCCAUCUUCGUCCUGUCCUCGCGGACGCAGCCGCAGUCGCCGUCACCACGACGCGGUGGCGGCAGCGGGAUCACGCGCAGGGCAUCCUCGGUGCUGCUGCAGCGGCUCCGGUCCUUCUCCGUCUUCUCCUACCCUGCCUCCCCGUCCUCGGGCUUCCACACGGCGUCUCCGGACUCGCCCGCCACCUCCCGUCGAACAGAGGAGGCCGGGACGACGACGCCCAGAAGGUUGCCGUUGACGCCGUCGCCACGUGCAACCACACCAAAGGCGACGGCAGAGCCAACUACACCGGUGGCGAAACAGGAAGAGGAUGAGGAGGACGCGAACUCGAUGAGCAUGGACGACGUGUACGCGCUGGUCCUGGCGGGACGGCAGCGGCCGCCGCCGACGCCGACGGAGGAGGAAGCGGCCAGGUCGGAGGUGGACGCCAAGGCGGAGGAGUUCAUCCGGGGGUUCAAGGAGGACCUCAGGCAGCAGCGCCUCGACUCCAUCUUCAACUACACCCAGAUGCUCAAGAACCGCGCCGCCGGCCGCCGCCAGCCCGCAGUAGCCGCGCCAGACACCAAUCAUUGAUCCCGUCGUCGUCCCAUCCUCACGUGAUAGUUCAAGGUUCAAACCAAAUCCAGAGCGCAACUCAGGCUUGAGUUGCUUUCAUGGACGUCGCCGCGGGCUCGCCGCCAGCAGCCGGUCCGGUCCACCUUCGGGUCACGUGUUCAUUGCUUCAUUUGUUUGUUUGUUUGUUUAUUCAGGGGAGAGUCAUCCUUUUUUUGAGAUGCUCUCGUCGUGUCUGUGUACAUAGACAUUGGUUGGUCGGAUGUUUAGAUGUU